AUGGCCGUUCUCUCGCUGGUCGUAAGUGAGAAAGUGCCACAUUCGUCAACUCAUGUACCUCUCCUUGUGGCGUACUUUCUCUUCAACAUGAUAUCCGUCUCGGUAGCCGCGAUGACUACCGGACUUGUGAUGAAAGUUCAUCGAAUGGGUCGGCAUGGGCGCGAACCGGAAGAAUGGAUCUUGCGCUUGUUUUGUCUACGGCCAGUGAGGGUCCGGAACGGAAUCUAUACUGUGAAUACUGGUGAAACACUUUUACGCUCGUCCUCCUACCUGAAAGGGCUAAAUUCUGAGCUGCGCAAGUGCGAGUCUCAGCCACUGUCUGACAGAAUCCCAGUGCUCGAAUCGUACAUCAAAAAACUUGCCAACACCUGCGAAAAUAUACAGCUGGUUGACAACAAUCAGCAAAUGGCUUUUACUAUGCUUGAUGAAAUCAAAGCGGCGAUUCGACAACUGCCGACCAUAAAUUGUACGGAGAUUGGCGUUAGAACGACGCUACGCUGA